AUGAAUAGCAAAUAUAUCACUAUUUUCCUUUUGGCCUCGCUCACCAUUGCCGCUAUUUGCCUCGUUGGAGUUGAAGCUGAUGUCAAGGUAUCAUCAACAUCCACCAACACCAGUGGUUGCAAAACCACCUUGUGUAAAAUCCAAAGAAAUGUUCAAUUGAUUGCAUCUAAAUUCACAGUCCGUCAAGUAUUGGUUGGAAUUGUUAUUGUUCUCGCAUCGAUUGCCCUCCAACAACAAUAUACCCUCCUAAGAAAGAAGGGAAAUCUCCCAGGUCCAUCAUUCGUACCACCAUUCUUUGGUAUGUUGUUCCAAUUGAUCUUGACACCAUUCUCAUUCUAUGAGAACCAAGAAAAGUAUGGACCAAUCUCCUGGACUUCCAUUAUGAACAAAUUUGUAUUGUUUGUCACUGAUGCAGAGACCACUCGUCAAGUUUUCAAAGAGAAGAAUGCUAAGCUCUAUCUUUCUUUGGGUGCCAAAAAGAUUCUUACUGAAAAGGCCAUCCCAUUCAUCGAAGGUACCGCUCAUCAACAACUCCGUAAGCAAUUGCUCCCAUUGUUCACAAUCCGUGCCCUCAGCUCAUACCUCCCAAUUCAAGAGACCAUCAUUCAAGAGCACAUCACCGCCUGGAUGAAGGAAGGUGGAAAUAUCAACGCUCGUGAGAAGUGUCGUGAUUUGAACAUGGCCAUCUCAACCGGUGUCUUUGUCGGUCAAAAGACACCAUUGGCCGUUCGUGAAGAGAUUGCCCGUAAUUUCUUUGUCAUGAACGACGGUUUCCUUUGCUUCCCAAUCGAUCUCCCGGGUACUACCCUCCGUAAGGCUAUCAACGCACGUGAGCGUCUCGUUGAAAUCUUCACCGAUGUCAUCAAGAACAGCCGUACUCGUAUGGAAUCCGGUGAGAAGCCAGAAUCCCUCAUUGACUUGUGGGUCGAAUACUAUUUGGGUUGCGACGAAUCCGAACGUGAUGAACUCUCUGACGAAACCAUUAUCUUUACCCUCCUCUCCUUCAUGUUUGCCUCACAAGAUGCCAUGACAUCUUCAUUGGUUUGGGUUGUCCGUUUGCUCGGUGAACACAAAGACGUCCUCGCCAAAGUCCGUGAAGAGCAAUUCCGUUUGCGUCCAUCGAAUGACAAGCUCGAUUUGGAGACAAUGCGUCAAGCUAUGUACACUCGUCAAGUCGUCAAUGAAAUCCUUCGUUUCCGUCCACCCGCCGUCAUGGUUCCACACGAGAACGUCGAGGAUAUCGUCAUCGGUGACAAUGUCGUCGUACCAAAGGGAACAAUGAUUUUGCCAUCUAUCUGGUCUGCUCAUUUCGCCGAAGGUGGUUUCAAGGAUGCCCAUACUUUUGACCCAGAACGUUUCAAUUCUGAGCGUAAGGAAGAAAUUACCUGUGCAAAGAACUACCUUGUAUUCGGUGCCGGUCCACACUAUUGCAUUGGUCGUGAGCUCGCCAAAAACCAAAUCGAAAUUUUCCUAACCCAAUUGGCCAUGAACUACGAUUGGGAGCUCAACCCAACUCAAGGUGGAGAUGAAAUCAUUUUCGGUCCAACUAUUUUCCCAAAGGAUGGUUGCAAUGCCAGCUUAAAGGUUAGAACUUACUCUGCCUAA